UUGUCUAUCGAACUUCACAUGACUGGAAUAAUGUAAAUGGUGGUAGUAUUUUACCAGGAUUCACACUUAAAGUGCAGAAAAUUGAUGAUACAAUUUCACAGGAAUCCUCAGAAUCAUCAUCAGAAAAUGAUGAAAUAAUCAGUUGUUCUAAAUGUAAUGCAACUUUUUCAAAUUAUUAUGAUUUUAUGGAACACUAUGAAGAUAGCCAUGCUCGUAAAUGGC